AUGGUUGACAAUCCAAAUCGAUUAAAUUUAAUUUGUUUACGUAAAAUUUCAUCGUUAUUAAAAUCUGAUCAAUUAUUAUGGAAAAAAUAUAUUGAAGAACGAGUUGUUAAAAUUUAUUGUGAAGAAAAUAAUCAAUCAAUAUUAAAUCUAAAUGAUCAACAAAAACGUAAACAUCGUCGUGGUGAAUCAUUUCGAAUAGAUGAUGAUGAUGAUGAUAAUGAAUCAAAUAUGGAAACAAUACAUUGUUUACAUCAUAAUCAAAAUUUUUUUAUUGAAUAUUUUCUUCAUGGUUAUUGUCCAUUAAAUUCAAUAUUAUCGGAACAACUUGCUAAUUAUUUAGUAGCACAUGAUCAAUUGAAUGAUUUUACUUUAACACUUUUUUCAUCCAACGUAACAUGUUUAAAACGAUUAGUAAUUAAUAUAAAAUAUUUAAGUCGAUUACAAUGUCAUAUACUUAAUCAACAUCCAAAUUUAAUUGAAUUAGAACUUAUUUUUAAGGAUUCAAAUUUAAAUCGAACAAAUAAUAUGACAAAUGAAAUAUUUUAUCAACAUAUAUGUCCUUCGAUAUAUUCAGAAUUCGAUGAAAUUUUUACUAUAUAUAGUCCAUUUAUAUUAAAUUAUAUAAAUUUAAAAUUACAAAAUGAAUCAAGACGAUCAUCUGUAUCUAGUAAAACUAAUUUAUUACAAAAUUUACCAAAUUCAUCAGAUGAAUUUUUACAUCAUAAAUUAUUAAGUGAAAUUUUUAGUAAUUUACAUCCAACAACAAUUGAAAGAUUGAAAAUCUUAAGUCUUUCGCAUUAUAAAUUUUUUGCUGCUUCUCAAUCAACUGCUGCAAGAAAAUAUUCACUUGCUGAUAUGUCACCAUUAACAAAAUGUACGACAACUUCAUCUUCAACAAUGACAACACCUGCAAUAAAUUCAAUUCCAAUGAAUCUUCGUUUAUUAUUAAAAUUUACUAAUUUAACAUCAUUAAAUUUAAGUGGAACAGAUAUUAAGAAUCCAUGUUUUGAUAUAAUUAUAAAUUCAUUAGAAAAUCUAGAUACAUUUGAUUUAUCAUCAUGUCGUUCAAUAAAAUUCUUCCAUUCAUUAUUAAAAUUAUCAUUAAAAUUAAAAUGGCUCAAUUUAUAUAAUUGUUGUUUUAAUAUGCAACUGAAUCCAACUAUUUAUCAUAUAUUAUAUCAAUUAAAAUAUCUUGAAUAUUUAGAUAUAAGUAAUGAUAGUACAAUAAAUGAUAAUGACAAUAAUAAUAAUAAUAAUAAUCCUGUAAUUGAUAAUGAAAAUGAUAUAAAUAAAUUUUUAUGUCAAAUUAAUUGUUUACCACGUUUAAAACAUUUCGAUGUAAGUGGACAAAAAACAAUAUCAUCAAUAGCAUUACAUAAAUUUUUAUUAAAUCAUUUAAAUUUACAAUUUCUUGGAUUAUUUUUAACAAAUGAAAAAUAUUCUUCAUGUAUAUUUGAUUUAAAUGAUCGAUGUUAUUCAAAAUAUCGUCAUUAUACAUAUGAUUAUCAUCAUAUAUCAACAGUAACAUUAACAGAAAAUGAUUUAAUAGUAUAUGAACCUUAUCUUAUUGAAGCAUUAAAACGUUAUCGUGAUCGUAUUGGUUUUAUACAAAAAAUUCUUUAUAAUAUUUUUUUUCUUACACGUUCAUUUCAUUCAAAACAACAAAAUCUUCUUAUUGAACUUACACUUCAUAUUAUGUCAAUACAUCCAAAUAUACAAUCAGUACAAAUGGCAUCAACAGCAUGUAUAUAUAAUUUAACACGUUCACCUAUAACAGAUCAAAUACAUGUAAAAUAUUUGGCACAAAUUGUUCAAGCAAUAAUGAAUGUUAUGGAAACAUUUCCAAAUCAUCAACAAUUACAAAAAAAUUGUCUAUUAACAUUAUGCAGUGAUAGAAUUUUACAUGAACCACAUUUUAAAUUUUAUUUAUUAGCAACAUUAGUUAUGCAUAAUUUACAGAACAAUACUGAUUUAGCUACUAUACAACCUGGUGUCGCUAUUUUAUCAUUAUUAACAACAAGAUUAACUAUUGACGAAUGUACUCGAUUAGGUUCUGUAAAGAAUUUAAAAUGUUUAUUUCAAUUAAUUGAACAACAAAUUGAUCGUUUACAAACAAUGUUAAUAACUCAAAAUCAACAACUUGUUCUACCACAUAAUGAUCAAACAAUAAAUGAUAUUGAUAUUGUAUUACAUAAUCCUCACCAAUUAACGAGUGAUGAUACAUUACGUUUUUGUUUAAGUUUAUUAUGGAAUUUAACUGAUGAGAAUGCAAUUGUUUGUGAACAUUUUAUACAAUCAUUAGGUUUAGAAUUAUUUCAACGUUUACUUCAUUUAUUUUCAUCGGAUACGAUUGUAUUAACAAAAAUUGUUGGAUUAUUAAGUAAUAUAGCUGAAGUAUCACAUCUUAAAGUAUAUCUUUAUCCAGUUGAUAUCAUUUUAUUAAUGAAAAAAUAUAUUGACGAAGCUAUACUUGAUAUUGCAUUUUCAGCAACUGGUAUUCUUGCACAAUUACUUUAUGAUCAAACAGAUGAUGAAAUUAAUUUUGAACUAUGUGACCAAAUGAGAGAUGCAAUUAUAAAAUGGCAAAAUCCACAUUCAAAUAUGGUUACAUAUAGAUCUUUCAAGCCAUUUUUACCAUUACUUUAUUGUACUCGAAUACCAGUUGUACAAUUAUGGGCAAUAUGGGCUAUUCAUCAUGUUUGUAGUACUGAUCGUAUCCGAUACGUUCGAAUAGUUCGUGAAGAAAAGAUCUAUGAUAUUAUACAGGCUAUCUAUAAUGAACAAAUAUUAUUCGAUCAUCCGGAUCUAUUUAUGAUUCAAUUACUCAAAUCAAUACUUCAUAUUUUUAAAUCAUAUCAUUUAAAUCGUCAUCAAAAUUCUUCUGCUGUUGCUAGUUGA